AUGCCUCGCUCCACCAGAGCCUAUCCUCCGCCGCUGGAGCUGGACACUUCCUUCAGCGGCAUGGGCGCCUCCCAACACUCUACCGACUCUUUUGACUCGCCGCUGUUCUCUCCAACAAAGAGAGUAGGAACGAGCUCUACAAACGCUGUAUCAAUCACCUCGCCCCAGCGCAGGACAUCCUUUGGAUUCAUCAAGUCCUCGCCCACCGUCAACGUUCACACAACCUGUGGCCGCCACACCGAUCAGCUGCUCUUUGGAGGACCCUCAUUAUCGGGUCUUGCCCGCGCUCUUCUAGGAAAGAAAAAGAAGAGGCCGACAGACAGCUGA